AUGGCCGACGACGCACUCUCUAUCUAUGAUGAAAUCGAGAUCGAAGAUAUGACCUUUGACCCCGCCAUCCAAAUUUACCAUUAUCCUUGCCCAUGUGGUGACCGCUUCGAGAUCGCCAUCGACGACCUACGUGAUGGCGAGGAAAUCGCCGUUUGCCCCAGCUGCAGUCUGAUGAUUAGGGUGAUCUUCGACCUGUCCGACCUUCCCAAGCCAGAUGACCAACAGAAUCCUGGCGCAGUCGCUGUGCAAGCGUGA